GGAACAUAUGUUUGUUGACUCUUGAAUCGGAAAGACAUCUUAUUUUGUAAACAAAAAAGUAUUUUAAAAGUAACUUAAGAAAGCCAAACCAUGCCUAAAGUAGUAUCUCGAUCGAUCGUCUGCUCGGAUACCAAGGAUCAGGAAGAGUACAAUGAGGAGAAGCCGCUGAAUAUUUACUAUUGCCUGUGCAACAAGAUGGCUUUGAUUCUGGACUGCACUCUGGACCAAUUGCCCCUUCGGGAGGUGGACAAUGCCCGCGUGAUAAAUGCCAAUGACCAUGCCAACAAACUUACCUACAAUCCCACUCCAAAGAUGAUCUACAUAAGGCGGAAAAGCAGGGGCAUUGAGAAGCAGUACCGCUAUAAGUGCCGCAGCUGCAAUCUCCCGCUGUUCUACCGCCAUAGCCCCGACUCCCAGGUGACCUUCGUCAUGUUCAACGCCCUGAUCCGCAACAAGGGCGAGAGUCCCCUCACCCAACUGCUGAACUCCGAGGCCAUGGGCAGUGGCAAAACACCGGCUGCCAAGCCGACACCUUCCAUAGGCCCUGAUGACUCGGGCAUAGUGGAUGCCAGUGGCAAAAAGGUCAUGGUCACCAGGCACACCAAGAACAUGGGCAAGUUCAGCUCGGUCACGGUGUCCACCAUCGACGAGGAGGAGGACGAAAUCGAGGCGCGCGAGAUUGCCGACAGCUAUGCGAACAAUGCAAGGAUCAUCGAGAAGCAGCUGCAGCGUAAGGGCGGAAAGCUAAGUGAUGUGGGUAUCAAAAGCAAAACAGAGGAGGCACCUCCGCCCCAGAAAAAGCAACGUGGUACGCUACUGGAGAGAUAAUUCUUUGUUCUAUUUAAAUACAAAAAAUAAUAAUAACUAACGAUUUUA